UUUCAUAUUUGCUCUACCGUCGGGCACCAUGUCAGGAACCAGCAGUGACCAGCUGCACAGAUCCACCUUAUCUGUCUAUUCCAACCUGAUGGAACAUUUCAACCCAGGCCUUCAGAAGCUUGUUGCUUUGGGUAACAGCUAUGUCAAAGCUUUUCAAGCAUUAGCUGUUUGUAGUGAGGCCUACUUCAGUGCUGUAGCCAAAAUGGGAGACCAGGCGAUUCACACACUAUCUUCUCACUCUCUUGGUGAUGUCCUGAUCCAAAUAUCUGAGACACAACGGAGACUCACUGCUGAGAUGGAGGGAGUGUUUCGAUGGUUCCAGGUGGAGGUAUUGCAAACCAUGGAGAAGAAUGUCAAGUUGGAUGAAGAGUACAUUGACGGUAGCCGGCGAGUGUAUGAACUGGAGGUGAGGAACCAGGCGGAGGCUUUGGAGAAACAGCUAAGACGGGGAGCCUUCAGAGAUUCUCUGAGCACCGACUACAUGCAGUACUUGAAGCAGAGCCAACAGGAGAUCCUGAAGGAGGAGGAGAGGAGAUAUCGUUUCUUGGCAGAGAAACACUGCGGUCUGACCCAGUCCCUUCUCUUCCUGGUUAACAAGACAGGCAUGUCUCUCCAGCAUAAAGCAGAGGGAUGGAAGGAGAAAGUCAAUGAGACCAGAGGUUCUCGAUCUCGAACUCCCACUAAUUUGGACCAAGAAGCACAGUUGCGAGGCUCUGUGAGCUCCCUGCUGCAAACGGUAGCUAGAGAUGAUGACAUGUCCUGGGCCAGGCGGGAGCAACAGGCGCUGGGCAAGGUGCCGUCACGAGCCCCAUCACCCAUCCCCAGCCGCUCUCGUUCCAGCUCGGUGGGAGAAUCUCUGGGUCUGGGUGGAGGGCGUCCCAUGAAGGCCCUGGUGUCUCAUCCCGCCUCAUCCAACCCCAAGCUGCUGCCUUUCAACAGAGGGGAGAUGGUCACCGUACUGGUCCUAGAACCGCGCAACGGCUGGUUGUACGGUCGCACCGACAGCAGUUUAAGGCAGGGUUGGUUCCCUGCUGCUUAUGUGGGCCCCAUUGAGGAUUUCGACAGUAGCAAUAUGAACAACCUGCUAGACCCCGGUGAGACCCAAAACGACCAAUCAGAGAGGAGGAGCUAUGGCGAUGUCCCUCCGCCAGCCACACCUAACCGCAGAUCGUCCGUAGACGUCCGGCCCAUCUCUCCGCUCCCUGAGAAGACAGCGGACCAGGUGAUGGAGACGAAACCCAUUCAAACAAAGACCCUGUCUGAAGUACCUCCUCCUCCGCCCCCUCCCCCAAAGAGCCUGAAUCUUCAGCAGGGCUCUGUGGAUCUGAGACCAGUUUCUCCCGCCCCUGACGCACAGGCUUUAUCACCCAACGGCCCACCUGAGAACCCUCUUUUUCCAAGAGGCACAAACCCGUUCGCCACCGUGAAGCUUCGCCCCACCAAGACCGAUGACCGAUCCGCCCCUCACAUCCAUUGAUUGCACUAGGCCAGGCUCAGGGUUUGUACGUGAGGUGGCAGUAAUGAGACAAGACUAUGGCACAUUUAGUUGAAUAUUUACAGUUUUAGGCAGAUUCCUCAGAUGUCACCAACAUAAUUGAAUUUCUCACAACCUCAGGGUACUUUCACAGUGAACCCCUCGCUAUUCUCAGGUGUUAGACCCUGACGCGAAUAGCAAAUUUGUAUCAAUUAUGGCAAAGGUUUUUAUGAUUGCCUAUAGAUAGUUUUCCUGUGACAUCACGCACCUCUGGACAUGCCCGCGGCCACCAUGUUGGCAGUCGAUGUUUUGUUUCAGUGCUCAGUGAGUGUUUGAAUAGAUAAAUUUGAUAGUCAAUGUCAAUAAAUUGUGAAUUACUGUGCGAUGUUUGGCUGCAACAAUACAUAUGGGAGGGGAAAAGAUGGAGAUGGUGGCAUUCCGGCCAGAUACUGACUCCAUAUAUCCUUUGUUCGGAACACUUCCUAAAAGGUAAGCUGUCAUGCUUACCACUGUUAGAAAAUGCAAGUUACAUACUUUAUGUACCGAUCUCCAUUUUCAGUUUACAUUUUAGUUCAGUGCGCUUAAAUAACACAGAUUUAUAAAAUAUAUAUCUUACAUUGACUAUUAGUCGAUUGUUGCUGUGGUAUUAUAUUAAACAUACAUACACGUCAGAAAUGUAGGAGUCAUUGAUGACCGGCAGCUGACUCCCACAAUGCUAACCACUAGCUAGCCCUGAUGCUAAUGUUAGGCAAAGUCAAAGCUGUUUGAGCUAAAGUAAGCCAAGCUUUCAACUGUUCCGAGUCAUUAAGUGAAAAAGUCUUGGUUUUUUUCCCGGUCAUCUCUGCACACAGUUUGGCGGUGAGAGAUGUUUAUGACGGCCACUUUGUCAACCUUUUGUGUCUUGCCACUGCGUUCAAAGUUUCCCUAUAGCUUACUCUGGUCUACUAGCCUUUCCUUGUGAAGCCUACCUUAUCCUCCCGAUCUCAACCUACAAUAUGGCCGACAAACAAAUACCUAUAACGUGAUUGAAAACUAUCUAUAUUUAACCCUAAAUAUAUUUCCAACUAUUUUCCCAAAACACAUAUAUAAUUUCAAAUGCAUCUUACAACAAUACCUUUCCUGGAAAAGCGUUUCGCAACCCAUAAAAGUACCAAUUACUACUUUACUAUUAGUCAUUUUAUUAAGUUUUUUUCUCAGUGAUACA